CAACGCAUUGUCAGCUAUGAAGUGAGAUGCGCAUUCUGUCGGCAUUCUUCGCAGUGCUCUUCACUUUCAUCAAUCCAACAAUGAUUGUGAACGUCAUUUCACAAGUGGAGGCGUUUCUAAAUAUGAAUUCCCAACUGCCCGAUCAUCUUCGAUUCAAUGCCAUUGAUUUUGUUGUAAACCAUCUAAAGUCAAGCGAUCAUCGAAUAAAACUCUAUGUUUAUGGAUGUGUUGUCCUAGUGACAAUUCUACAUGUAAUGUUCACAUGCUUAUCACUCUAUGGAAUAUAUUCGUGUCGAGCGAAAUUCAUGAAACCAUUGAUUGUGGAUAUUAUAACAAGUUCGAUUUUCCUGCUCAUUUUCGUAUUCUUCUCGUUAUUCAUGUAUUGGAGGCUCAACACUCUUGGCUCAAUAACUGAAAAAGAAACGACAAAACUGCAACUUCGUAACAUGUACGUAGGAGUUGGAUUUCUGAUAGUUUACGCUAUUUGGACGAUAGUUCAAUGUCUUGCACACUCCGACACAAAAAAGUUACGUGCUGACUUCAUGUAUUGGAUAGAAGAAGAGCGAAUGUCGAUGAGAAGUCGACAUAAUGUUUCAGUUGAUAAUCGAUCGGAUAGAUCAUCAAAAGGUUCAAAAGCAUCAAGAGCAUCAAAAAGUUCAGCGAGAAGUGCAAAAUCUGAAAUUGGAACAACUGCAAGUACUGAGAGAAAAUCUCCAAGAGAAGGAACUUCCAAAGGAGAUUAUCAAAAAGUUUCCACAAACUCAUGCAAUACAUCAAUAUGCAAAAAAGUUUCAGUAACGAAUGCAAGAUUGUCCGUACCACUUUGAGCGAAGGUACCGUUGAAAAAUUAGUGUUAUAUUAUUAAUACUCUCAUUGAAAUACAGGUUUCAUCCCUUUUCCUUUCCGUUUCAAUAAUAGUUUUCCUAUUUUUCUUUGUGCUCAUCCCUGCCCAGAACGUGUCUCCAAAAUUCCUGUAUGUGUUCCUGAUAUGGUUGUAUUAAAAAAUAAAAUUAAAUAAAAUGGUUUUGAUAAA